AUGUCUAUGCUCUUAAAUUUCUACACCUCGUCUCUGAAAAAAAACCCCAAAACGACCAAUGCCAUCAUGACAGGGUCCCUCUUUGGGAUAGGUGAUGCAAUCGCUCAAAUCGGCUUCCCUAGUAGCCAUUCAAAAGCGCAGGGUUACGAUAUUGCGAGGACAGUACGUGCUGUAACCUACGGAUCGCUAAUAUUUUCCUUCAUCGGCGAUAAAUGGUUCAAAGUAUUGAAUAACAAGGUGAGAUUUUCAAACCGCCCAACGAACCACUGGUCAAAUCUUCCUUUGCGAGUUGGUACGGACCAGCUUCUGUUUGCUCCGCUGUGUAUUCCCUUCUAUUUUGGAAUAUUAACGCUUAUGGAGGGGAAGUCGCUGAAGCACGCAGACACGAAGGUUCGUGCGGUUUGGUGGGACAUUCUAAAAACGAAUUGGAUGGUGUGGCCUCUAUUUCAGCUCAUCAACUUCUCCAUCAUCCCGGUCCAGCACCGAUUGCUCGCAGUUAACGUCCUUGCCAUCUUCUGGAAUACCUUCUUAUCAUUCAGAAACUCCGAGGCUAGUCACGCGGAUCAUCAGUUCCCUGUGAACAACCCUCCAGUUCCUGAGUAA